CCCUUCGCUGCCUGGCGCCGGCUCUCCCUCCAUCCCCGCGGAGCUGUCCUUCCUCUUGGUGCUGAAUCGUCUCCCAAUCCCGCCGCCAGGACUCGCUCCGGCGACUUAGCUGCUUCGUUCCAAGACCCCCCACUCACGCGCCACCUCCCCCGUGUGCGUGUAUUUUAACACUGCUAGAAAAUAAAGCGUGCGGGGUGUAGGAGUGGGGGAGUCGGAACAACAGGAUGGGCAGAAAGGAUUGUCAUCCCCAUUUGGGCUGAAGACUCCAGGGGAGAAUGAACCCUAGUUAUUGGACUUUGGCCAGAAUCCCCUCCUCCUUUUCUCUUCUUUUAGUUGCUUUUGGAGCGGCGCAGGAGCUUCUGCCCAAUCCUUAGACCCAUCCUUUUUUGGAGGAGAGGGUGAAACUGGGGAGAAGGGGGGGCAUCUCUUCUCCACGGGGGUUUAAUCCAUGCUUGGUUGGCAAGACCCAGAGCUGUCCAUCUCUCCAAGAUCUCGCUCAGAGAACCAGAGACAACGGGAAGUCACUUAAUAAGCUCAGAAGAGAAGAACCCGAAAGGCGGAAAGUGAUAGUUAGAGGAAGUCUGCAGGAAGCUUCAUUCUCCGGACUCUUAUGGCUUGAAGCAGGUGUCCAAACUGAGGGCGCUUCUUCUCCAUGGAUUUCCCAAAUAUCUCCUGGUACAACGACAGCUAUGAAAACAGGACUCUCAACAGCUCCAGCCUGGAGCAGAAGCCCACCCACUACAACUACUACGCCAUGCUGCUCACUCUCCUCAUCUUUGUCAUCGUCUUUGGCAACGUGCUGGUCUGCAUGGCCGUGUCCAAGGAAAAAGCCUUGCAGACUACGACCAACUACCUGAUUGUCAGCCUUGCUGUGGCUGACCUGCUCGUGGCUACUCUGGUGAUGCCAUGGGUGGUCUACAUGGAGGUGGUGGGCGAAUGGCGCUUCAGCCGCAUCCACUGUGACAUCUUUGUCACCCUGGACGUGAUGAUGUGCACAGCCAGCAUUCUUAAUCUCUGUGCCAUCAGCAUUGACAGGUACACUGCUGUGGCCAUGCCCAUGCUGUACAACACCCGCUACAGCUCCAAGCGCAGAGUCACUGGGAUGAUAGCCGUGGUAUGGAUCCUCUCCUUCGCCAUCUCCUGCCCUCUGAUGUUUGGGCUGAACAACACAGAGAAGAAUGAGUGUAUCAUUGCCAACCCUGCCUUUGUUGUGUAUUCUUCUAUCGUCUCCUUCUACGUUCCUUUCAUUGUCACCCUGCUGGUGUACGUGCAGAUCUAUAUAGUGUUGCGGAAACGCAGAAAACGGGUCAACACGAAACGCAUCGCCAGUCACGUGGGUCUGGACGCCGACACGCAGGCCCCGUUGAAGGAGAAAUGCACUCAUCCAGGAGAUGUCAGGCUCUGCUCGCUCCUUGUGAAGAGCAACGGGAGCUUCCCUGUCCACAAGGGCAAAGUGGAGGCCAUGGAUCACAUGGAGGAGAUGGAGAUGGCUACCAGUACCAGCCCACCAAAGAACAAUAUUCGGCCACCUCUGCCAAGUGAAAUGGAACCAGCUGAGCCAGCUGCUUCCAUCCCCUGUGCCAAUUUAACUCCGCCGUCCCCUGAAAACAGCCCCCUCGAAGUGCAGAAGAAUGGGCAUACCAUAGACAAUUCCAAAACAGCCAAGAUCUUUGAGAUUCAGACGAUGCCCAAUGGCAAAACCAGGACUUCCCUCAAAACUAUGAGCAGAAGGAAAUUUUCACAACAGAAGGAAAAGAAAGCCACCCAAAUGCUUGCCAUUGUGCUUGGUGUUUUCAUCAUCUGUUGGCUCCCUUUCUUCAUCACCCACAUUCUGAACAUGCACUGCAACUGUAAAAUCCCACAGAUCAUGUACAGUGCCUUCACGUGGCUCGGAUACGUGAACAGCGCAGUCAAUCCCAUCAUUUACACGACCUUCAACGUUGAGUUCCGGAAAGCUUUUAUGAAGAUCCUUCAUUGCUAACCUCUGCCUGAGGAUCAGUUGUCUGAAUCCCCCGGCUGGAUUAAGGCUGUGUGUUGGAGCACCCAGUUUGAGAGUGCCAUGCCAAAUAUAUUUUUACAACUGGAGUACCACAGCUGUCACGGUCCAAGUUUGCCUUGCGCUCAAGGAAGUAUUGAAACUCGGGGAAGACUCGGAUGGGAGAGUUUGCUUCAAAGGCAACCUUCUGUUGAAAGGAGAAAGCCAACUCUCACCACCAACAGUUGCAUGGGAUCAAGAUGAUCUCCAUGAGAGUCAUCACCAAUUUUAGCUGAGCUCAAGAAGGAGAGACCAUGACUUGCUCACGCCUUGCUCUUAUGGUCCAUUUCUCACCAAAGACGCACCCAUUCUUGUCCGCUUCGCACCAGGAGGAGGACUUCUUCUUCGAGGAAGAAACAGCUUUCCCAGGAAUUGUCUCCGUUGGCCUUCAGACUUCAGGGACACUGUGGGGUCCAUCAAACUGCCGAGGCCAAAUCAUGCAGCUGUUGUCAAGGCUUAGAGUAGUCGCAACACCAUUGCUACCAGACACGUAAAAGGAAAGGGGAGGAGGAGGAGGUUGUGAGAGAAUGAAAUCUCAGGGCGGAGGGGAGGAGAAGUGAAAUUGUUUAUUUAUACGAUGCCAAUGUACAUACAAUUACACAGAAUGAACUGAGCAGAAGCCCAAGCCAAAAAAAAAAAACCCCAGAAAAGUGAUAACCAAUCAAUCUCGUUUUGCAUGAAAUGCAUUGUAAUUAAAAAGCCAUCGCUGCUCACGUACACCAGCAUAAUGUGGUUGACAGCAACUUCUCUGAUUCCAGGAAUGAAUUUCGUGGAGUACAAAUCAGUUCUGACAGGAAGGGAAGGAAGGAAGGAAGGAAGGAUGGACGGCAAGAUAUGGACUACACGGCCUUUGUCAGGCACUUAAUACUGAAUUAAGGUCUGGAGAAAUCUCAACCAAGCCAAAGUGUUAGCUCAAAGGUAGACUAUGUGGUUUGCAUACAUGCAUAAGACUCCUGUUUAACCCCAAGUUAAAACCCCGUGGAUGUAAAAGAAUCAGUUAAAAUAUGGAGAAGGAAUUCCAAUGAAAUUCCUCGCAGUAAGAGAAGGAGAUCUUGGCUCUUUAAGUGUAAGGUAGACCAAUUAGACAAUAAGCCAUCUUUUGAAUCACCUGUGAUUAGAAGGAAUGCAAAGGAUGGACUUUACUUUCUCUCCUGGGUUAGGCUUACCUUAUCUGGGCUGUAAAAACCUUCCAGAUGACAAUAAAGUGAGUUUCCUGGUUUUUUGUUUUUUUUACACACCAGAUAUGGUUCUCUUUGUUCAGCCCAGUUAGAUCUGGCCUGCAGGGCCGCCCUAGAAACAGCAAAGGACUGUUUCCGACUGUGACAGAGGAGGCCAUCACGGCCAAAAACAAAACCUGGGAGGGCUGUGUGCGGCCCUCCCGAGCUCUGUUCUCGCUGGCAGAGGGCUGCAGGAGGAUCCCAGAGCCCCACCCGGGCCACCACAGGUGCCCCUGAUACGAGUGAUGUCGAGCUGGCCAUGCCAACCCUGGCCCCCCGAGGUCAAACACCACCCUGAUGCAGCCCUCAAAUAAAUUAAGUUUGACUCCCUUGUUCUAGACCCGUGAUGGUAAACCUAUGCCAUCCGUGGGACUGGUGGUUCGCAAACGUUUUCGGCUUCCAGAGGGCCUCCAGGGGUGGAGUGGGGAAGGCUGUUUUUGCCCUCCCCAGACUCCUAGAAAGGCUCUGGAGGCUGGGGAGAACAAAAAAAUGAGCCUAUCGUGCCAUUGCGUGCCAGGAGCAGGGGGGAGGGUUGUGCGCACAUGCGUGGGGGCAGGGCGCAUAGAAUUAUGGGUGUGGGCACACACACGCGCAACACAUACACACACACACACACACACACACGCUCCUGGCACGCGAUGGCAAAAAGGCUAGCCAUCACUGUUCUAGACUAUUCUAGACUGUCCUAGAUGUCCUGGGGAAUCUGUAGGCAGGAAGAAUAGAAGGGGUGACACAGAUGGAGAGACCUGGUCCCCAAUGAUAUAAUGUACCCUACAUCUCUCGGAUGUUCAGAAAAGCUCUAGCUCGCAUCAUCUGCACUGCUUGGUGGGCUCACCUGUUGAGACAGGUGACACACUGAGAGGUUUCUGGAUUUCAUCUGCGUUGUUCCCAACAAAGUCAACCCACGCAGGAGAAAAAAGUCAUUGGAAAGGUUAUUUUGAUGAAGCUGCAUCAGACACAAUUUUUGUCUGGCGUGCUGGCUUCACUUCUGUCAAGAUCAUAUUUCCCUUAAAGCAGAACAUCUGGGCCUUGGUCUUUUCAAGACGUUUUUCAGGGGGAAAAAAAUUGAGACUCGUUUUCUUCAGGGCAGCAAAAUCUAUAUAACAGAGUUCCAGGUUGAAGGAAUUUUAUUUUAUUUUGGUUUUUCUUUUUCCCCCCUCUCUCCCAGAUCUUCUGUUAAAUUUUAAAAAGUAUUGACAUCCUUCUUUGACUUUCCUGAAAUAUACUUCUGGCAAUUUCUUAGGGAAACCAAAUCAAAUCCACAUAGAUCAUCUUCCUCGUAUUUCUAUCUUGAAUGCUCAUGCGAUAGCCAGGUCUCCUUAGAUGUCUUACCUUUUCUCUACAAAAAAUGGUGACGGACAGUUAGGAGCGAGUAAUUCCAGACUGUCUCUGGUCAGUUAGCUCUGGUUGGGGUGGUGGGAGAACCACUUACUGCUGAAACCUUUUCAACCUCUCCCUCUAGGAAAAAAAAUAAACCAUCGUCAAGUCAUCAGCGAAAAUGGUCAACCCAUCCGUGGCCAAUGCUGUUAUUGUUACCCUCUACCAAAUUCACAGUAUUUUUGUAAGAUGCUGCAGAAACUGUACAAGCCAACUAAUAAAAUGACAUGGAAAUGGG